AUGAGCCAAAUAAUGCAGCUAUCUGUGUCGGUGAGCCUGAUUCCUAUGAAUCUGAAAACAAACGUCCAAGGCAGGCUAUUGGCUGAGAAAGCCAACCAUGCACAAGAUUUAGCUCAGAGUACUGUACGGAAUGUUCAUAGCUCACAGGCCUGUCCUGAUCAAAACAAUAUGCCUCCACAACCAUGCUUCAACAGAUGGGAGGCGCCUGGCUACCGUGGGUACUCAUCAUGCCCCCCUCAAAACAAUCCGCCGCUGCCACAAUGUUUCAACAAGUUCACUGGACCCUGCAACCCUGUGUGUGCACCGUCGGCCCCUGCCCCUAACAUACGUAGCUACGACAAUUAUCAUUCGCUGUGGCAGCACCCACUGCUACCGGAGCAGCAGAUGGCACCUAGCAGGGCAUUUGGACCUCAUGUGGCACCCCAUCCAUAGUUCAACAACUGGCGUGGAGCCAGACACCAUGGGAAUUCACAGCAACACCCUGCCAGUAACUCAUAUUACUAUGGUGCGCACUCAGGCAGUGGCAACCAAGGAUUUGGAUUUGGUUACCGUCCGAUUUACUAUGAUUACCGAUACUAACCACGUUUACUGACCCCCUCCGGUAAAGCACUCUGCCACCCUUACUGUCUGAAAAAUUCCAAGUUAAUUUGAAUUGGAGGUAUAUAUAAUUAACUGCCGUAUUCAGUAUAUAUCACGGGUUCGACUCCUAGAAGCAUCACUACUGCAAUUGCUGUGUUAGUGUAUGUAUAUAGAUUUCUACCUCUUUUGUCAUUUAAAAUAUAUAUUCAAAUUUCAGCUUCCCCCUAUUCAGUUGCAGCUUCCCUGUAAACACUUAGUGGUGUUUGACCUCGUGCGGUAAGACAUCGAGGUAUGUUCCAAACUGAAAUUUAGAUGUGGUUGCACUUGCACGGUUGGCCUUUAUGUACGAAAAUAUUAGCCUCACAUAGUUAGAUACUGUACACCGAAAUGUAAGUAAAGCUGUCCUGCAUUAGUAUUCACGGGUGUGAAAUAUGAAAAAACAGCAGCUGUUUUUCUGAAGUGUGAACUCAUUAGAAUGGCGCUUAACCUCUUAAAGAGGUACUUUGAAAGAAGCGAAUGUUUGAUAAAGGUGUGGUAAGGGUCAGAGGGUGAUGGAGGGUGGCGGCUCCUUGAAGAUGGAAUAAGGUUCUCCCCGCCUAGCCGUCGCCCUGGUGGUGCGUGUAGCAUCGUUGGAGGGCAUGUGAAGGUGUGUCUCUGGUGUAUCUUGCCGGAUUCAGGCUGUAUUUUUCUUCGUUCGUCUAAGUUUCUGUGUUUACAUGUUGGAUCCUUCCAAUCUAAUCUUCUCUUCAUCGGUGAUGGUUACUAUUCUGGCGUGCUGGUCAUGUGGGGCCUUAGCACGACGACUUGACGACUUUUCAACUGUAUACUACAAUGAAGUUUGCCUGGCUCCGAUGAGGGAGGGGCGAUAACUGCGGCACACCGUCAGCUCGCUCCAGUGAUUGUAGUCGCUAUUGGAUAGAAGGUGUACGGGCUUGGAUGUAAUUUAUGUUCUUUGUACUACCAAAUAGUUGAUGAAUAGAUUGAAAGUUCUUUUCCCCAAAAAAGCCAUCCAUUGCAUGGUCGUUGUGGCCUUGUGGGUAUGUUACA